UCCCAAGAAAGCAGGAGCCCGGGGUGCAGCAGGAGACGAAGGUGCUGCCGGAGCCAAAGGGGACGGUGCUGGUGUCGUUCAGCAAAUCCCCACGCCCUGAGGGGGCAUUUUACAGCCAAAACCCAGCACAGGUCCUUUCCCUUAAACCCCACAUCCAAGGGGUCCUUCUAAUACAACAUAAUGGAACCGAGCACAGCCAAGCUGCUAACAGGAAGGGAAGGUGAAAUUUGCUUUACAGACUCACCGGUGAGUUAUUUUCGUGCUCGCGCUUGCCCACGCGUCAAGACAUAGGUGCCCGGACGGUCUGGGCUGGUUCCCAGCGUGUGACACAGAGGAUGAGGGACGCUGGCUCUGCCCUCGAGGGCUGCUGGGACGUCAAGGUUGUUCAAAACGAGAGCGGGGAGAAAAGAAAGUGAAAUCAGAGCGUUUCUUCAUUCACCGCUUCCCCGAACCACGCACAGGGCUGCAGCCGGCGGCGGGGAGCGCAGGGAUCUCCUCGCAUCCCCUCGCUCGCCCCGGUCCCUCGUCGCCAGGCUGAGCCGGGAUUCGCAGGAAGCUGCCCCGCAGCCAGGCAGGAACGUGACCCGCUCCCCUCGCCCGCAGCCAGGCAGGGAUGGAGCUCGUCCUCGGCGCUUCUCCCCCGGCGGCUCCUUUCCCUCAAGAGUCGCUGCAGCGAUGGAGAUGGAAACUGGCUGUUUGCAAGAGAAAAUAUCUGGGGAUGCUCAGAGUUUCCAGACAAGGAGCUUCCUGGGGCCGGUGUCGCUCGCGCGCGGGCACUCGUGUGUGUGGGCGUGAAUGCUCGCGUGGGUGUGUGUGCAGAAGGAGGGUCCCAUCCUGCCCCGUAGUUGCACUGGGGGCUGCAGAGCCUCACAGUGUAACUAGAGACAGCUCCAGGCUGUGGAAAGAGCUGUAAAGGGGAAGCGUGCGUUUGGGAACGGCAGCGGGGGAAGCACAACCCGCUGCCGGAGCCAGGCUGGGGCUCUGCCGCUGCCUCACUGCAUCGCUCUGCAGUCCGAGCCGAGCGGGAUGAAGCCGUUCGUCUGCGGCGCCUUCCUGGCCACGCUCGCCGCCGUGCUGGGGCACCCCGACCCCGCACUGGACUGGCACUGGCAGCUCUGGAAGAAAACCCAUGGCAAAGAGUAUCGCCACCAGAAAGAGGAAGGGAAGCGGCGCGUGACGUGGGAGAGCAACCUGCGCCUGGUGACGCUGCACAACCUGGAGCACUCGCUGGGGCUGCGCUCCUACCAGCUGGGCAUGAACCACCUGGCAGACAUGACCAGCGAGGAGGUGGCAGCUUUGCUCACGGGGCUGAAAGUUCCCCACGAGCAAAACCGGACCUCUACGUACCGGCCGUCUGGCACCAAAGUCCCGGACGCCGUGGACUGGCGGGAGAAGGGCUGCGUCACGGCCGUGAAGAACCAGGGCGCCUGCGGGGCGUGCUGGGCCUUCAGCGCCGUGGGAGCCCUGGAAGCCCAGGUGAAGCUGAAGACGGGCAAGCUGGUGUCCCUGAGCGCCCAAAACCUCGUGGACUGCUCCUGGAGCUACGGGAACAAAGGCUGCGGUGGCGGAUGGAGAAACAAGGCUUUCCAGUACAUCAUAGACAACCAAGGAAUCGACUCGGACGAUUCCUACCCGUACACGGCGCAGGACGGCGCGUGCCGCUACAACCCGGCGGCGCGGGCGGCCACCUGCUCCAACUACGUCGAGCUCCCGCGCGGCGACGAGGGCGUGCUGAAGGAUGCCGUCGCCAGCGUGGGGCCCGUCUCCGUCAGCAUCGACGCCGGCCAGCCCACGUUCUUCCUGUACAAAGAGGGUAUCUACGACGAGCCCCGUUGCUCUCAGACCGGGAACCACGCGGUGCUUGUCGUCGGCUACGGCACGUCGGACGGGAAGGACUACUGGCUCGUGAAAAACAGCUGGGGCGUGCGCUUUGGCGAGCAGGGCUACAUCCGAAUGUCGAGGAACCGCGGAAACCAGUGUGGGAUUGCCAGCUACGCCUCUUACCCUCAGAUCUAGGGGGGCUCUCUGCUUCGAGAUGAGCUCUCGGGACGCCACCUCUCGCCCUGCUGAGCUCAGGCGCACGUGGAUCUGCUCCAGCCUUCGGGCCUUAUUUAAGGAUCCGGUCGCAUUUUUACAGACAUGUAGCAGAAAUGAUGAUCGCAGUUGGUCUCUCUGAAUGUCUUGUCAAGUAUGACCACUUAAUUCACCCUCCCAAAGAAGAUCCACUAAUAAGGGAUCAUCUGUCGGAAAUUAUUUCAGUUAUUUAGGUGACGGCUCUCUGGCAUCAUCGCUAACUCCCGCAAUCCCCGGCAGCCGCAGCUCCCUUUUAGAAAAUGACUCAGCUUCAUCUUGAAAGCUCCUGUGACAUUGCUUUGCCCCCUCUUCCUUUCCUAGAAGAUGAUUCCUUAAAGCCAUUUUAUGCCCAAGGUGCUUCGCAACGCUGAGAAAUGCGCCUUGCUGCCUGGCUCAGCUUCGUGGGAUCCCAGAGGAAGCCCUGGCACGGCGGCUGGCACAUGAUUUUCCAGCUGCUGCUGUAGACUUUGCUGACGGCAUGUGCAGAUUGACUGCAACGGCUGCAGGAUAACGUGCAUUAAAUGCGUCUCCCGCUUCCAUGCAGCACUGAGGCUGCCCGCUGAUAUAGCAGGCCAUGUAAUCAGUAUAUUUAAACUGUGUCUUCCCCUCUGUGCUUCCCCACAGAAAAGUGAAUAAAUCCGAUUUUCUGA